GUAGUUCCCUUCAUGAGAACUGACUUCAAGGUGUUCAUCAAGGAAAGCAGAGUGGUCCCCAUGCUGGAAAUGAAAAAGGAUGACAGUUUCUGAGACUGACUGUUAACAGCUCGGAGGUGCCCCCCCAUUCAAGAUGCCUUUUAAAGCAUUUGAUACCUUCAAAGAAAAUAUUUUGAAACCUGGAAAGGAAGGAGUGAAGAGCGCCGUGGGAGAUUCAUUGGGGAUUUUACAAAGAAAAAUUGAUGGGACCAAUGAGGAAGAAAAUAAUAUUGAGCUGAACGAGGAAGGAAGGCCAGUGCAGACGUCCAGGCAGAGCCCCCCACUCUGUGACUGCCACUGCUGUGGUGUCCCCAAGCGUUACAUCAUUGCCAUCAUGAGUGGGCUGGGAUUCUGCAUUUCCUUUGGGAUCCGGUGUAAUCUUGGAGUUGCCAUUGUGGAAAUGGUCAAUAACAGCACUGUCUAUGUUGAUGGAAAACCAGAAAUUCAGACAGCACAAUUUAACUGGGAUCCAGAGACGGUGGGCCUUAUCCACGGAUCUUUUUUCUGGGGUUAUAUUGUGACACAAAUUCCAGGUGGUUUCAUUUCAAACAAAUUUGCUGCUAACAGGGUUUUUGGAGCUGCCAUCUUCUUAACAUCGACCUUGAACAUGUUCAUUCCUUCUGCAGCCAGAGUGCAUUACAGCUGUGUCAUGUGUGUCAGAAUUUUGCAAGGUCUAGUGGAGGGUGUGACCUACCCAGCCUGCCAUGGGAUGUGGAGUAAGUGGGCACCACCUUUAGAGAGAAGCCGACUGGCCACAACCUCUUUUUGUGGUUCCUACGCGGGGGCAGUGAUCGCUAUGCCCCUGGCGGGGGUGUUGGUGCAGUACAUCGGAUGGGCCUCCGUCUUUUAUAUUUAUGGUAUGUUCGGCAUCAUUUGGUACAUGUUUUGGCUGUUGCAGGCCUAUGAGUGCCCGGCAGCUCACCCAACAAUAUCCCUUGAGGAGAGGACCUAUAUAGAGACAAGUAUAGGAGAAGGAGCUAACUCAGUUAGUCUAAGUAAAUUUAAUACACCGUGGAAAAGAUUUUUCACAUCACUGCCGGUUUAUGCAAUCAUUGUGGCAAAUUUUUGCAGAAGCUGGACCUUUUAUUUGCUGUUAAUAAGUCAGCCUGCUUAUUUUGAAGAGGUCUUUGGAUUUGCAAUAAGUAAGGUGGGUCUCUUGUCAGCACUCCCACACAUGGUCAUGACCAUCGUUGUACCUAUUGGAGGACAACUGGCUGAUUAUUUAAGAAGCAGACAAAUUUUGACCACAACCGCUGUCAGAAAAAUCAUGAACUGUGGAGGUUUUGGCAUGGAAGCAACCUUACUCCUGGUGGUUGGCUUUUCCCAUACCAAGGGGGUGGCUAUCUCCUUUCUGGUACUUGCCGUAGGAUUUAGUGGCUUUGCUAUUUCAGGUUUUAAUGUCAAUCACCUGGAUAUUGCCCCCCGCUAUGCCAGCAUUCUCAUGGGCAUCUCAAAUGGAGUAGGAACCCUGUCUGGAAUGGUCUGUCCCCUCAUUGUCGGUGCAAUGACCAAGCACAAGACCCGUGAGGAAUGGCAGAAUGUGUUCCUCAUAGCUGCCCUGGUCCACUACAGUGGUGUCAUCUUCUAUGGGGUCUUUGCUUCCGGGGAGAAACAGGAGUGGGCUGACCCCGAGAAUCUCUCUGAGGAGAAGUGUGGCAUCAUUGACCAAGAUGAAUUAGCCGAGGAAACAGAACUCAACCAUGAGAAUUUUGCAAGUCCCAAAAAGAAGAUGUCAUAUGGAGCCACUACCCAGAAUUGUGAAGUCCGGAAGAAGGAAUGGAGAGGACAGAGAGGAGUGACCCUCGAUGAGGAAGAGCUGACAUCCUACCAGAAUGAAGAAGGAAACUUCUCAGAUACAUCCUAACGUCUUAGGGGCACUUCUGUCUUCUUGUCACCUUAGAACCAGAAAGUACCCAUACCUAUUGCCUUCCCCAUAGCCCAGCUUG